UUUUGUGGUGUCGUCAGUGCUAUGAGAGUGUUUUUGGUGGUUUUGAGUGUGCUGGCCGUGACGGUCGCCACCAAGUGUCCGUUUUCGGCAAUUGAACCCUUGGCCAGGUUCAAACGGAGCGGUUUUGACAUUCGUCCAAGCGUCAGUGAUGGAAGUUUGGAUGCUCUGAUCAAGGACUUUAUGCCCAAGUACAACGCCAACAAUGUGCACACCAGUUGGGCUGAGCCUACGCCAUCUGGUCCUCAUCAGGCUUUAAGGUGUGGUGUACCACCUCGCUACUGUCUAAACGGUACACGGAAUCUUCAAUAUCGGAGUAUCGAUGGAUCCUGCAAUAACCUGUUGUAUCCAGAGUUUGGAAUUGCUGUUUCCCCGUAUAGGAGGCUUUUACCUCCACGGCAAGUGGAGCAGGCCCCGAAUGCACGAUUGAUCUCCUUGUCCUUGUACGGAGAGCAGACGAGCAACGAUAGAUUCCGCACCAUGGCGGCCAUGCAAUUUGGACAGUUUGUGGCCCACGACAUCAGCCAGUUAAGCACGCAGGGAGCUCCUCAUGAUUGCUGUGCCGAGCCGCGUAAUCCCCGCUGUAUGGCCAUAAACCUGCCGCGUGGAGGACCCAUCGCCUAUCAUGCGGGCAAGACCUGCCUUCACUUCGCACGCAGUGUGUCUGAAGCGGAUGCCAUUUGCCCAAGGAAUGGAGCACCGUACCCCGAGAAGUUGACGGUGGCCACUGCCUACCUGGAUCUGUCCUCGGUCUAUGGAAACACCCAAUCGCAAAACAGCAAAGUACGCCUGUUUAAGGGCGGCCUUCUAAAGACAAGCUACACGAAUGGCCAGCACUGGCUUCCGGUGAGCCAAAAUGAGGACGGCGAGUGCGGGCUUAGGAGUGAGUGCUACAGCGUGCCGGAUAGGAGGAAUAGGUUCUCGCCCACCAUUGCCGUGCUGCAGACUCUGCUGGUCCGGGAGCACAAUCGUCUGGCCGAGAAUCUGGCGCUGAUUAACCCUCAUCACGAUGACGAGCGUAUUUACCAGGAAGCGCGCAAGAUUAACAUUGCCCAGUUUCAGAAGAUCACCUACUACGACUGGCUGCCCCUGUUCGUGGGUCGCACCUACACCUAUCUGAACGGUCUCAUUUAUCCAGUGGAGCCAACUGAGUACGUGAACGACUAUGACGAGACGGUGAAUCCCGCUGCCUAUGCGGAGUUUUCCGCCGCAGCCUUCCGAUAUGCCCACACCCAGAUCCCUGGAUGGUUCUCGUUGGUGGCUCCAAAUCGCAGUUCCAACCAGACUAUGCGCCUGAGUGACUACCUCGAUCGAUCCGAGACCAUCCGCUUACUGGACACAUCCGACAACUUCGCCGCAAUGUUGAGGGGAUUGGCUACUCAGUUGCACAAGCGAUCGGAUGGGAAUAUUGAUCGUGAGAUAAAACACUAUUUCAACCGCAAGGAAUUUGAGGAGUACGGAUCAGAUCUGAAGUCUAUAGACAUUCAGAGGGCACGAGACUUUGGACUGGCCUCCUACAAUGAUGUGCGAGAGUACUGCGGGCUGCAACGAGCUGUGGAUUGGGCUGAUUUUGCUCACGAGAUUCCGGCAGAGAAAAUAUCGCUAUUACGCCGGCUGUACGCGACUCCGGAUGAUGUGGAGCUGAGUGUAGGUGGCACACUGGAGUACCAUGUCCCUGAUGCUCUAUUCGGACCAACUCUAUUGUGUGUAAUUGGAAAACAAUUCCUGAACACGCGACGUGGCGAUAGAUUUUUCUUUGAGCGGGAGAACGCUGGAGGGUUUUCACGUGCUCAACUGGCGGAGAUCCGUAAGGUGAGUCUGGCCAGCCUGUUCUGCAACAACGCCAACUACCUGCACUUGGUCCAGCCCAACGUUUUUGUGUUCCCGAAUUCCCAUAAUUUACUACUAAACUGCAAUUUUAUCCGGCAAAUUGAUCUUAGCAAAUGGCAGGAUCCAAGGCCUUAACUUGAACAUGGCCCAAUUUGUUUGUUUCUCUCAUCCUUUUUUUUCAUCAACUAUUUUACACAACGUCAUAACAAAAUGGACUUUUUGGACUUUCUUAUUUACUGUUAAAAUGCUAGUAUUUAUUCAAUAUAAACUUAUAAGCAAAUAGUUUCAUGAAAAUAAAAAGGAUUGUUAAAAAUGUAAAA